AAGUCUUCCAAAAACUUUAGUCCCAACGCAGAAAGUCUCCCUCUCGAAUCAUUUCUCUGCGUCCUUUUGGUGCUUGAAGUUGAAGAGAUGACCAUGGCAGCAACCUUCGCGAAACGGCUGAUCGGAAGCCGAUCCACCUCAACCGCAACCACUUCCGUCGCUAGGGCUUUCUGCUCCUCUACCACUCCAAUCACCGCAACCUUGUUCCCCGGCGAUGGAAUCGGCCCCGAGAUCGCCGAAUCCGUCAAAAAGGUGUUUACAACGGCCGGUGUGCCGAUUGAUUGGGAAGAACACUUCGUUGGGACCGAGAUAGAUCCGAGAACGCAGAGUUUCUUAACCUGGGAGAGUCUCGAAUCCGUGCGUAGGAACAAAGUCGGUUUGAAAGGGCCAAUGGCUACUCCGAUCGGGAAAGGUCACCGUUCUUUGAAUUUGACUCUUAGGAAAGAGCUGAAUCUAUACGCCAAUGUAAGGCCUUGCUACAGUCUUCCUGGCUACAAGACUCGUUACGAUGAUGUGAAUCUCAUCACCAUUAGGGAAAACACUGAGGGAGAAUACAGUGGGCUUGAACAUCAGGUUGUUAGAGGUGUGGUGGAGAGUCUUAAGAUCAUUACACGUCAGGCGAGUUUGAGAGUUGCCGAGUAUGCUUUUCACUAUGCUAAGACUCAUGGAAGAGAGAGGGUUUCCGCUAUUCACAAAGCUAACAUUAUGCAGAAAACUGAUGGUCUUUUCCUCAAGUGUUGUCGUGAGGUUGCUGAGAAGUAUCCUGAGAUAACUUACGAGGAAGUAGUCAUUGACAACUGCUGUAUGAUGCUUGUGAAAAACCCAGCACUGUUUGAUGUGUUGGUGAUGCCAAACCUUUAUGGUGACAUUAUCAGUGACUUGUGUGCUGGAUUGGUUGGAGGACUAGGAUUGACUCCAAGUUGUAAUAUCGGGGAAGAUGGUGUAGCCCUUGCUGAAGCAGUUCACGGUUCUGCACCUGAUAUCGCUGGAAAGAACUUGGCGAACCCAACAGCAUUGCUACUGAGUGGAGUGAUGAUGUUGCGUCACCUGAAGCUAAACGAACAAGCAGAACAGAUCCACAGAGCAAUCAUCAACACGAUAGCUGAGGGAAAAUACAGAACCGCGGAUCUUGGAGGUAGUUCCACCACCACGGACUUCACAAAAGCAAUCUGUGACCAUCUCUGAAACAAUCGUAAAAAGUACUCAAAUUCUUUAUCGAAUUUUCCUUUCUCGAUUACGAUUAGAAUAAAAAAAAGGCAUUGGCUUUCUCUCUUGAGUUUUAUUAACCUUUGAAAGGUUCAUUGUUAUUGCCUCCAACACGUGUUUUUAAAAUUCUCUCCUGCUGCCGUAAGGCAAGAUUCAUAACACAGGAAAAAGGAUGUGGUUUUCUGACAAGAGUUUUGUUUUCUUGCUUGAAUUAUUUUUAACGAUCUCGUUAUCUUU